AUGGCGCGCUCGCGCCGGCACACGCGCGAUGCGCGUCGCCGCGACGCCUCGAUGCGUCCGUACGCGCGCGUCGUCGCCUUCGUCGUCGCGAUCGUGUCGAUUUUUUCCAUCCACCUCGCGGAGGCCCAAGCGGAUUACUACAAGGUUCUCGGCGUCUCCAGAGACGCCGACGAGCGGACGCUGAAGAAAAACUACAGAAUCCAAGCGCUGAAGCACCACCCUGACAAGGGAGGAAGUCCCGAGAAGUUCGCGGAGAUCGGGGAGGCGUACGAGGUGUUGACGGAUCCGGAGAAGCGCGCGGUGUACGAUCGAUACGGACACGAGGGAUUGAAGGCGCAGCAAGGAGGCGGUGGGCCGGGACCGGGCGAUGGAUUCGGUGGUGGGUUCGGUGGCGGUGGGUUCGGUGGGGGUGGACGGAACGUGCGGUUCGAGUGGAGCGGCGGAGGACCAGGCGGCGGGUUCGGCGGCGGGUUCGGCGGCGGCGAUCCGUUCGCCGACAUGUUCGGUGACGUCUUCGGUGGUCGAAGACGCGGAGGCGGAAGAAGGCAACAGGGGCAACAACAGCGACCGAAGGAGAAUUUAUUCGAUAAGCUCUCGCCGGUGACGAGCCUGAGGCAGGGGAAGUUCCCGGGGACGGAUGCGAAGAAUAUCUGGUUCAUCUCCUUCUACGCUCCAUGGUGCGGACACUGUCGAGAGAUGAAGGGGGCGUUCGAACAGCUCGCAAAAUCGCUCAAAGGCCUCGUUCGCGUCGGUGCCGUGAACUGCGAGAUUCAAAAGGGCCUGUGCGCGAUGGAGGGCGUGAACGAGUUCCCCACGCUGAAGCUUAAGAAGGCAGGCGUGAGCACGCCACUUGAGCAAGGCGACCACUCGUUUCAACGUAUGCGGGACUGGGUACUCGACCAUCUCCCUAUUGGUUUCGCCAAUUUGAAGAAACCGUCCAUGCUGACCAAGUUCCUGGAGAAUGAUUGCGCUGUCGGUCGCGCGUGUGUCGUAUUCUUGAACGAUCAGCGAGACACUCCGGCGUGGUUCAAGGUUGCUUCAUUUGCGCACAGGGACAUCAAAAUGGCGGAGAGCAAGGGCAAAAACAGCGCGAUUGGAAUGUAUUUCGAUAUUGUUAAACAACCAACGUUGGUUGUGAUCUGCGACGGGGAUAUCGAAAGGACAGUGGCGUAUUCUGGACGCAUCGAGCACGACAUGACAAGCACCGACGUCGAUGCUUGGCUAUCGAGUUUCUCAAAGGAUCACUCCACCGGUUGCGCGCGAGUCAAGAAGACCCCCAAAACAGGUGCAAACCUCGAUCGAACGACGGAUUUGCGCAAGAUGAAGAUGGGUCAGAUCAAAGCGCUCAUGGAUGUGCACUCGAUUCCGUGCGUGUCCUGUUACGAGAAGACGGAUUUCGUCAACGCCAUCAACGUAUGGCUAGACGAAAAGUUCCCAACGUCUGAGAAGAAGCGAAAGUCAGGCGCGGAGUACAUGCGCGCCUCUUUCGCGCGUGAUGAUUUAUGA